UGUGUGUGUGGCAAUGUACACUAAUUAUAUGAAUCAGUGUUCUUAGCUGACAAGUAAAACUACCAAAUAUUUGGAUGAAGUACAUAUUUUUCUGACCUUUGUCUCUGCUACCCUCCGUGUUGUUCUUCCACUGUGUGAAAGCAGCCCAGCUCAAGUCUGCAUGCUCUCAGAUACAAAAGACAACACUACAAGCUAAGACUGCCUCUUCACUGACUGGUGUCUCCCAAAAAGAAAUUCUCAUGUUUGUAACUUGGGUGUCUUGGGAAGACUCUGCUUGGUUGAUUGUUUAAUGUUAGGAAGAACACUGUUUGCUUUUUAGUCAUAGUCUUUGGAAAGCCAGUUGUAACUAAACUGAUGUAUCAAAGGGACUUUUGAAUAGAGGAGGAAGGAAAUCGGGAACUCAGGAGUCUGGCCUGUGUUCAGCCAGAAGAAAAGGACCAUAGACAUUCUUCUCGCAGUUCACUCUUCCCAGGAUUUUGGAUAUGGUCUGACUGCGGAGUCCAGGUAGGUCUUGUAUUUGCAAACCGUUGCAUCAGUUUUCUGAGUGCUGACGUCACCAGCCUAUACAACCCAGCCUUCCCUCCUCGUUGGAAUCUGUUCUCACCAUAGUUCAUCUCUCACCAAAGAGAACUGAACUUGAAGCCCCCGCGAGCAGUCCGGUGCUUUGGGGGAUAAGAACACCUGCGCAAACGCACAAGGAAGGUGGGAGCCAGUUAACUUCCGGAUAACAGUUUGACUAUGCCUAUACAUACAGUCUGUGAAACGGUACAGUCUACCAAAAUGUUGCGCGUGGUAAGCUGGAAUAUCAACGGGAUCCGGAGGCCCCUGCAAGGUCUGGGAUGCCAGGUACCCAGUAACUGUUCAACGGUCUUGCGACACGUUUUGGAAGAGCUGGAUGCCGAUAUUGUCUGUCUCCAGGAGACCAAAGUGACCAGAGAUGCACUGAUGGAGCCCCUGGCUGUCGUUGAGGGCUACAACUCCUAUUUCAGCUUCAGCCGUGGCCAGAGUGGCUAUUCUGGUGUGGCCACUUUCUGUAAGGACAGUGUUACCCCAGUGGCUGCUGAAGAAGGCCUGAGUGGUCUGUUUGCCACCCUCAACGGGGAUAUUGGUUGCUAUGGAAACAUGACUGAGUUCACCCAAGAGCAGCUCCGGGCUCUGGAUAGUGAGGGCCGGGCUCUCCUUACGCAGCAUAAGAUCUGCACGUGGGAAGGCAAGGAGAGGCCCUUGACCCUGAUCAACGUGUACUGCCCAUAUGCGAAUCCUGGGAGGCCUGAGCGGCUGACCUUUAAGAUGCGUUUCUAUCGCCUGCUGCAGAUCAGAGCAGAAGCGCUCCUGGCAGCUGGCUGCCAUGUUAUAAUCCUGGGGGACCUGAAUACAGCCCACCGCCCCAUUGACCACUGCGAUGCUGGCAAUCUAGAGUGCUUCGAAGAAGACCCGGGGCGUAAGUGGAUGGAUGGCUUGAUCAGUGAACUGGAGUACCAGACUGAGUCCCAUGUAGCGCCUUUUAUAGAUAGCUACCGUUAUUUCUAUCCAAAACAGGAGAGAGCCUUCACCUGCUGGUCAGUGAUCACUGGUGCCCGCCGUCUCAACUAUGGUAGCAGAGUUGACUAUGUACUAGGAGACAGGACUCUAAUCGUAGACACUUUCCAAGAUGCCUUCCUGCUCCCUGAAGUUAUGGGCUCUGACCACUGCCCUGUGGGAGCUGUUUUGAAUGUGUCCUGUGUACCAGCAAAACAGUGCCCAGCUCUGUGCACCCGUUUCCUCCCUGAGUUUGCAGGUACCCAGCUCAAGAUUCUUGGCUUCCUAGUUCCUCGUGAACAAGCACUCAAGCGGGGGCAGCCAGUCCUGCAGCCCAGCCAUGAAGCCCAGGUCCAGAAACAGCAAAAAAUACAGGCCCACAGGCACUCAUCCAGGCCUCGAAAACGUCAAGGUGGCUCCAGAAGACGCCAGAAAGACCUGCUGAGUUAUUUUCAGCCUUCUGCUAGCCUUUCCCAAACUUCUGAUGUAGAACUACCUAGGCUGCCUCUGGUGGCCACCCUUCUUACCCCAAAGCCUCCAGAAGAGAAUAUGACAACCACAAUGGUGGAUGAGCAAACCAAGGAUUCUGAGGUCAAAGACGAGAAGGAGGUACAGACCUCAUUCUGGAAGUCUGUGCUGAGUGGGCCCUCACCCGCACCCCUCUGCAGAGGCCACAGGGAGCCAUGUGUGAUGCGGAUUGUGAAAAAACCAGGACCCAACCAGGGUCGCCAUUUCUAUGUGUGUGCCAGGCCACAAGGUCCUCCUAAUGACCCGUCAUCAAACUGCAACUUCUUCUUCUGGAGCAGGCCCAGCUGAACCAACUGAGACCUGGAGAUGUCCGGCCUGGUCACCCAUGCGCAGGAUCUGAUGCCAGGUCUCCAUCUCCUAAGUUUCCUUCUCCCCCGAGGCUGGCUUGCUUGCUUGCUUGCUUUCUUUCUUUCUUUCUUUCUUUCUUUCUUUCUUUCUUUCUUUCUUUCUUUC